AUGGGGAAAAAACCCUACAGAUGUGCUGAGUGCGGGAAAAGCUUCUCUCAGAGUACUACACUCAUUAACCAUCAGAGAAUCCACACCAGAGAAACACCUUAUACAUGUCUGAUCUGUGGGAAAAGCUUCCGAUACAGUUCAGUCCUUGUUACACAUCAGAGAAAACACACUGGAGAGAAACCUUAUAAAUGUCCUGAGUGUCAAAAAACAUUCAGUGGCAGCGGAAACUUUAACAGGCAUCGGAAGAUGCACACAGGAGAGAAGCCCUUCAAAUGCACCGAGUGCGGGAAAAGCUUCAGAGAGGGCUACCACCUUGUUUCACAUCAGAGAAUGCACAUGGGAGAGAGACCCUAUGGGUGCCCUGACUGUGGGAAACACUUCUCUGACACUGCUGGACUCAUUAUCCAUCAGAGAAUCCACACAGGAGAGAAGCCCUAUACAUGCCCCAAGUGUGGGAUCAGCUUUGUUCAGCCCUCACAACUUGUUAGACACCAGAGAAUCCACACAGGAGAAAAGCCCUAUAAAUGCCUGACCUGUGGGAAAAGCUUCAGUGAUAAAUCACUUUUAAAUCAACACCAGAGAAUCCACACAGGAGAAAAACCCUAUAUAUGUCUGACCUGUGGGAAAAGCUUCCGAUACAGUUCAGCUUUUACCACACAUCAGAGAAACCACACUGGAGAGAAACCUUAUAAAUGUCCUGAGUGCGGGAAAAGCUUCAGUAACAUCACAACCUUUAACGGUCAUCGGAAGAUACACACAGGAGAGAAGCCCUUCAAAUGCUGUGAUUGUGGGAAAAGCUUCAGGAGGCGCCCGGACCUUAAUACACAUCAGAGAACACACACAGGAGAGAAACCCUAUAAAUGCCUGACCUGUGGGAAAACAUACCGGUGUAGCUCACACCUUUCUAAACAUCAGAGAAUCCACACAGACAAGAAAUCUUUGAAGUGCCCUGACUAGGGAAGGGCCAAGUGAAUAACGUCUUUGCCAAUUCCCAUGAACCUCAGAGCGUCGGGCGAGGCUGGAGUGGCUGUGUAAUGGGGAUAUGCAAUGGUUAUAAAGCAGAGAAUAAAAUCACAUUCCUGGAACAGAGUAGGCUAGAGCAAGAGGCUGGGAUAAAGUUCCCACAUUAUGAUGGGAUUUGAUUAUGAUUUUUCAAGACGCUCUGAACAUCCUCUGAUCAACUCCUGCAUUUAAGUUAAUUCCCCACAAUUUGUCAGUUCAGGCCAUAGUCUAGGAGCAGGUUGGAUUCCUCAUUGACACUAAGCUCGCACAUAGCAGGAUCUGCAAGUAAUGGUCUCUAUCAUCUCCCCUUGGCUAGGAGAUGCUGUUCCUUCCUGGCAGACAAAAAUCCAGUUACUUACAGCUUUGUCACUCCUCAGCGGGGCUGCAGCAAUGUGAUCUGCCUGGCCAUGAAACCAUUGGUGCGGGGGGACCUUCAGCUAGUACAGAAUGCUGCAGUGCAUCUUCUCUGCAACACAAGCUCCUGUGAGCAUAUCACGCCUGUCCUCCACUCCCUGCAUGGCCUGCCCACCAAAUACCAAAUUGUGUUCAAGAUCUUGGUCCUUAUCUUCAAGGUGUUCCAUGGCCUGGGCCCGGUUUAUUUAAAACACUUCCUAAAGCUCUGUGAAGAAGACCAUAGACAGCAACUUUGCAACUCUAGGACAUUGAAACUGUCCAAAAUAAGGGUAAAGUUUAUUUGUGCGGAGACAAAACUGCCUUGAUGGAAAGACUCAGACAUUGGAAUGAAUUCCCCCAGGAGCUAAAGACCAUCACCAACCUGACCACCUUCUGCUCCUGAUGUAAGCCACAUUUCUUUGACUUUGCCUUCUGUAGUAUAAAUAUAUAUCAACACAUAUACUUACUGCCACAAACAAAAGCUACCAUAACAGAACUCUUCACUGUACAACUUCUCCCCCAGGAAAUGAUGAGAGAAUGAACAUAUGACAGAAGGUUGCUUACUGCACUACUGAAAGAUGCUCACAUGCUGUGGGGAUGAGCCUGGUGUAAGCAUCCACACAGAGCAGAAUUCUGCUGCCAUGCAGCUACAGUCUUAUUCUCUGUAAUUUAGCAUCACACACUCAUCGGGGCUUAGGGCUAAAGAGACCUCAGGAGAUAUCUAGUCCAAGUUCCAGUGUUCCCUCUAAUUUUCCGCACUCAUGUGCAGAAUGAAUCUUGUUUUGUGACACCAACAUGGAAGUGAUGUGUGACAGAUCUCCUCCAUAUUGGUGCACACACAGGCGCCAACUUUCGUUGGCACUGGUGGGUGCUCACGCGCUCUGCCCCCUCCCUCCCCCUAUUGGAUCCCUCCCCAAAUCCCUGCCCUGGCCUUGCCUCUUCCCCAAGCGCACCACGUUCCUCCUCCUCCCUCCCAGCGCUUGCGCCGCGAAACAGCUGGUUCCCGGCGCAAGCACUGGGAGGGUGUGGGGAGAAGCAGGAUGCGGUGGCCCUCUCAGGAGAGGAGGCGGAGGCUGGGGUGGGGGGGGGACGGGACUGGAGCUGGGGUGGGGGGGCAGGUUGGGGAGCUGCAGGUGGGUGCUCUGCACCCACCAAUUUUUCCCUGUGGGCGCUCCAGCCCCGGAGCGCACGCAGAGUCGGCAUCUAUGGGUGCACUUUUCAAAAUUAAUGGGGUGGGGCUGAGGGGUUUAUUUGGUGUGUGGGAGGGGACUCCAGGCUAGGCAGAGGGUUGGAGUGUGGGGGUGAAGGCUCUGGCUGGGAGCGAGGGCUCUGGGGUAGGGCUGGGGAUGAGGGAUUCAGGGUGCAGGAGGGGGGCUCAGGGCUGGGGCAGAGGGUUGGUGUGAGGUGAAGGCUCUGGCUAUAACAAAAAUAUAUAACUACACCAGCCAAAUAAGAUUUACCAGAAACUAUAAACUAUUCAGCCCCAGUUUCAAAAUGUGAGUUAAAUUGUCUUGCUUUCAGACCCUAUUUGUAUAGAAAUUGCAUUAAAGCACAAGUGUACGUGAAUUGAAAAUUUAUACGUUUUAUAUAGGAUCAAAGAGACUGUUGUAUUGGGACCAGUUGGCUUUUACCAUUUACUUUCCCAACUUCUCUAUCCCUUGCAGUCUGUCUUUCACCUACUCUUUCUGCUCAGGUUGCUUUCAACAAAAGGGAAGAGUAAUUUUCUCUUAAUUCGGUUGCCUUGAGUGAUGUCGCUUUCUCGUUUGAAAACACAAGGCAAAGAACAGUUCUUAGUUUUGUUUUGGUGUUUCUCCUACCUGUUCACAUUUUCAUCAGCACCCUUUGGGAGCUCCUCUUCUUAGGGUGGAUAAAAAUCACAACUUUAAAAUUUUUAUUUAAAUUAUGACAUUUAAAUGUAGGGUUUUUUUGAAAAUUUAAAUCAAAUUUCUUAUUUACAUAUUGCUAGUUCUUCUCUUCCAUUUUAUGGUCUUAAAUUGUCAAAGUGAAUGUUUUCUACUUGUUUGUUUUUUUAGUUUCCUAAGUGUUAAUAACCCCACCCCAGCCUCCUGCCCUGAGCCCCCUCCUGCAUUCCAGCCCCCUCAUCGCCAGCCGUAUCCCAGCGCCCGCAACCCCAGUCAGCACCCUCACCACCUGCAGCCCCCUCCUUCAUUCUGAACCCUGUAUUUUUCACCAUACCCUGGAGCCUAGGGGGCCCACAAAAUCUAAUAGCUCUGGGACCCCAGAAGAGUUAAUCUGGCCCUGGGUGCAGACAGGCUGCGUCGGGGCUAAGGCCAGAGGACUCCCCCAAGCCCUCUCCCCGCCAGCAGCAUGGUGCUCCAGGGGAAGGGGCCUCUCUGUCAUCGCUGGCAGCAACGAGCUCUGGGGGAAGGGGCCUGUCUCUCCCUGCCAGGCGCUGAAAACAUGGAGCUCCAGGGGAAGGGGCUUCUCUCCCUGCCAGGCGCUGGCAACAUGGAGCUCCAGGGGAAGGGGCCUCUCUCCCCCCGCCAGCAGCAGUGAACUCUGGGGCCGGGAGAGAGGCCUGCAGCAGCCCUUCAUGCCCCAACUGGCUCCCCUCUCACCUCCCUCUCUCCAGGCCCCUGCUGCAUGUCCCUUUAUAGCUGCUGCGUGACCACACGGCUGAGAGGGAACUUAGACUCCAACCCCUGCUCAAAGCAAGACCAACCCCAACUAAAUCAUCCCAGCCAGGGCUUUGUCAAGCCGGGCCUUAAGAACCUCAAAGGAAGGAGAUUCCACCACCUCCCUAAGGAACCCAUUCCAGUGCUUCACCACCCUCAUGGUGAAAUAGUGUUUCCUGAUAUCCAACCUAGACCUCCCACCACUGCAACUUGAGACCAUUGCUCCAUGUUCUGUCAUGUGCAGCCACUAAAAACAGCUGAGCUCCAUCCUCUUCAGGUAGUUGAAGGCUACUAUCAAAUCCUCCCUCAUUCUUCUCCUCUGCAGACUAAAUAAGCCCAGAUCCCUCAGGCUCUCCUCAUAAAUCAUGUGCCCCAGCCCCCUAAUAAUUUUCGUUGCCCUCCGUUGGACUCUCUCCAAUUUGUCCAAAUCCUUUCUGUAGUGGGGGGGACGGACCAAAACUGGACGCAAUACUCCAGGUGUGGCCUCACCAGUGCUGAAUAGAGAGGAAUAAUCACGUCCCUCGACCUGCUGGCAGUGCUCCUGCUAAUUCAGCCCAAUAUGCUGGUAGCCUUUGUGGCAACAAGGACACGCUGUUGACUCAAUUCCAGCUUCUCGUCCACUGUAAUCCCCAGGUCCCUUUGUGCAGAACUGCUGCUUAGCCAGUCGGUCGCCAGCCUGUAGCAGUGCAUGGGAUUCUUCUGUCCUAAGUACAGGACUCUGCACUUGUUCUUGUUGAACCUCAUCAGAUUUCUUUUGGCCCAAUCCUCCAAUUUGUCUAGGUCACUCUGGACCCUAUCUCUAUCUUCCAGCAUAGGGAGAGGGUCCAACUUUUCAUUUCUACUUGAUAGUACGUUAUUUAAUAAAAUGGAUACAUUCAGGAGCAGUAAUGGUCUCCAUGAGGUUUGAAAUGCAAUGUCCUGAGCUUGGCCUUGGGAUGACUAUUUAUUUGAGACUUUCCUGCUGUGCAGGAGGAGGAAUAACAUGGGUCUGAGAUUCUCGGAUUCAUUCAUCUGCAAAGGAGAAGAAUGUGAGAAUGGGCCUUCAUGGGGUGAGAUGGGACCUUCAGGAAAGUCUCUUGACGUGUUUCUUUUAAAUUACAGAGUCUAGCAGGGCUUUGCUGUUUAUUCCCUGCAGGUACCAUGAAUUCACAGAUCGAGAAGGUUUAGCUCAGUGGUUCUGAACCCAUGGGCCACUUGCAACCCAAUCAGCCCACAGCUGUGGCUCAUGUGACAUCCUGAGGGGCAUUCAGGUAGUAUAGAUGUUGUGUGGAUGCAGCCCACAUAACACAGAGAAAGCUGCAUUGUGGCCCACAAGGGUAAAUAGGUUGAGAACCACCAGUUUAGCUAGAUGACUUUGCUUAUGCAAUGUUCCCUCUAAUUUUUUAUAUCCAUAUGCGGAAUAAAUGUUAUGUGCACCAAUAAGGAGGUGAUGUGUGGUAGGGGUGGGGCCAAGGUGUUCAGAGUAUGGGGGGGGUUGAGGGCUGGGACAGAGGGUUGGAGUGUUGGAGGUGAGAGCUCCAGCUGGGGGUGCGUUCUCUGGGUUGAGGUCGGGGCUGAAGGGUUUGGGGUGCAGGAGGGGCCUCAGGAUUGGGGCAGAGGGUUGGGGUGCAGGGAGCGAGGGCUCCUCCUAGGGGUGCAGGCUCUGAGGUGGGGCCAGAGAUGAGGGGGUACAGGCUGCAGCAGGGAGUGAGGAGUCCCCCAGCCCUCUCUGUGCAGCAGCACGGGGCCAAGGGAGAGGCACUUGAUAGCCUGCUGCGCGGCUUAGAGGGAACUUAGGUUGCUGCCGGGCACUAUGAAGGAAACACCACUGAGUGGUGCGAUCCCUACAAUCAUUGAUACAAACAGGCUGCUCCACGUGUCAUGGCAGUCACACAACCGGACAGCUUUGGACGGGUUGGGAGACACCCACAGUGAUGCCCUGCAUGUAUGGCUGGAGGAGGAGGAGGAGGAAAUUGGGCAGUUACCUCUGCAUGACAUUUUCCUGGAGUGGCUUCCCUGGGUGGAGUGCCACGUCUGGGCUUGGCCAACUAGCAUGGGCUGGUGGGGCAGGAGAGUGCUGCAGAGCUGGGAGGAACGGCUGUGGGAACUGGACGUGGGGAGGCUGAAGUGUAGGUUCCUAGAGAACUGUGCAGCGCUCAGCCUGGAGCUGCAGGGGUGGAGUCCUGACACGAGAGUUCCCCUUGGCACGAAGAAGCAUGUGGCCAGAGCCAGUCUUAGGACAGGGCAAUGUGGUCCCCUGCCUAGAGUGCUGUAGCCAGGGGGCGCCGUGGUGCAGAGACUGCCUGCGGGCUGCAGCCUGGCGUGGCAAGAGCGUCUGCUUCCCUGCUCCUGAGCAGAGCCCCCCUGCUCCCCACCCACAGGGUGUCCCUCCCAGCAUGGCCCCAAGUUCUGCCUCUGCCACUGCGAGCCGGGUCUCCCUGUGACGUUGCACUCCAUAUUCUUUAUGGAAAUAUGCUUAUGAAUAUGACAUAACUGGAAUAUGCUUUAUGCAAACUGUCUCUUGUAACACUGAAAAAGUUAUAAUCAACUGAAUGUGCUCAUCCUAUUUGUAUGAAUGUAUCAUUUCUAUGUCUGAAGUUAGAAAUAUUUGGUAUAAACUUGUAUUACUAAUGUAGUCAUAAGAAGGGAGGGCCAUUAAUGGUAUUUCAGGAACUGGAUGGCUCCAUUUAACUAGAACUAGUUGUGAAUGGUUUUGUUUUCCUGUAAGUCUUCCUGCGGAUGUGUGGGCUAGCCCAUAAAGUAUGGAGACUGGGGUCUCACAGGGACAUGUGACCAUGUCACUUGAUACUGGAAUCCAUCUUUAACCAGGUACUUUUCCAUAAGGAACUGGGACGGUCAAGCUGAAAUAAAGGACUCCCGCCUUUUGCCAGAUCUAUAUAAGGGGGUGAAACAGGAGAGAAGCUGCGGCCAGUCAGGAGAAAGUCCCUGCUCACCAUCCAGGAUGUCUGCUGGAACUAACAUAAACUAAACAGGGGGAAGGAUUGGGCCCGGAUUAGAAAUGAGUCUAGUCUGUG